ACGCGUUUUCAAAAUUUCAACGCUACUGGUUCAGCAAAAUUUGCAGACACGCGAAAGAGAUUCUUCCACCCCUCCCCUCCAUUUUCCUCCAAAAUCCGAAACUUAGCUUAUUCGCAAUUGAGCUAUUGUUUGAUCAAUAUUUAGUUGGAUUUCAGGCUUCUUUCCUUGUUCAAAUUUUUAUUCCGAUGGACGGAAAAUGCAGAUUCAAUCAGUUAAGGAUUCGCAUGGCGUUGACUUUAGCGAUGCUAUUGUUGUAUCAACAUUCGGAUUUCUGUUGGUGUCUCAACGCAGAAGGGUGGGCACUUUUGCGAUUUCGGGAAGAUGUGGUGAGCGAUCCUUUUGGAGCGCUGUCGAAUUGGAACGACGAUGACGGACUCGACGACCCGUGUUUGUGGUUCGGCGUCGAGUGCUCGGAGGGAAAUGUUGUGGCCCUGAAUUUAAGAGAUCUUUGCCUCAGAGGAACGUUGUCACCUGAAAUCAGGAACCUUAUUCACAUAAAGUCUAUUGUUUUGCGCAACAAUUCAUUCUUUGGCAUCGUUCCUAAAGAGAUUGGAGAAUUGAAGGAGCUGGAGUUGUUGGACUUGGGAUAUAACAACUUCAGCGGGCCACUUCCAACCAACCUUGGCAAUAACCUUUCCCUGUCUAUCCUACUCCUUGAUAAUAACAAGUUCCUAGGUGCCACUCCUGAACUUCAUGAGCUUAAUAUGCUUUCUGAACUUCAAAUAGAUGAGAACCUGCUAAGCAAUGCUGCACAAGGAAUAUCCUGCAACAGAAGAACUAUUCCAUGGAAUUCUGUCCAAGCUAGACAUUAUGCUCAAAGGAGGCUGCUGACAGGUUCAGGGCUAAACGCGAAAGGUGCAAAAACACCACCUGUUGAUAAUAAGGGAUCACUUUCUCCAUCACCUUCUCCACUACCUUCUCCAUCACCUUCUCCACCACCUUCUCCAUCACUUUUGCCAUCGCCCUCUCCUAAAGUCAUAGCUCCAUCUCCAUCUGCACCACCACCAGUCAAUAAUGUGCAACUGCAGUCUUCAUCAGGAAAUCCUAAAUUUCUUAUUUGGUUUGGAGCUUCAGUUGCUGCCUUUUUCCUUUGUCUUUCAGUCAUUGGAAUUCUAUAUUGUCGAAGAAAUAAGGUGGUUACAGUCAAACCUUGGUCGACAGGGUUAAGCGGGCAGCUUCAGAAAGCAUUUAUAACAGGUGUGCCAAAGCUUAAGAGGUCAGAGCUUGAAACAGCUUGUGAAGAUUUUAGUAAUAUAAUAGAUUCUUCAUCAGAAGGCACAAUGUACAAAGGAACGCUGUCCAGUGGAGUUGAAAUAGCAGUGAUUAGUAUUUCCUUGACAUCUGCCAAGGAUUGGUCAAAGAAUUUUGAAUGUCAGUUCAGGAAGAAGAUAGACACAAUGUCAAAAGUGAACCAUAAGAAUUUUGUGAACCUUCUUGGGUAUUGUGAGGAAGAGGAACCUUUUACAAGAAUGAUGGUUUUUGAGUAUGCACCAAAUGGAACACUUUUUGAGCAUCUACACAUAAAAGAAUCAGAACAUUUGGACUGGGGGACAAGGCUGAGGAUCGCAAUGGGAAUGGCAUACUGCCUUGAAUACAUGCACCAACUCACCCCGCCUUUGAUCCUUAAGAAUCUGAACUCAUCUGUUGUUUAUCUGACUGAAGAUUAUGCAGCCAAAAUCUCAGAUUUUGGUCUAUGGAAUGAUAUAGCUGCUUCUAAUAUGGGAUCGACCACCAUGGAUAUCCCUGAAACUUUAUCUUCCAAUCUAGAGAAUAAUAUUUACACAUUUGGUUUGACUUUGUUGGAGAUGAUAACAGGUAGACUCCCAUACUCGGUGGACAACAUUUCACUUAUAGACUGGGCAUCAGUUUACUUCAGAGGGGAGCAGCCCCUUAAAGGAAUGGUGGAUCCGACUCUGAAAUCCUUCCAAGAGGAGGAGCUCAAGAAAUUAUUGGACGUGAUAAGAUGUUGUGUCCAUCUUGACCCCAAGCAGAGACCGACAAUGAGAGAGGUUACAGCUCAAUUAAGAGAAAUUACAGCAAUGGGACCUGAUAGGGCAACGCCUAAACUAUCUCCUCUUUGGUGGGCGGAGCUUGAGAUUCAAUCUACUGAAGCAAGCUAAUAGGUCGUAAAUGAAUUGAGAAUGUAGUGAAACCCUGCAUUAACCUUUUGUUUUUUCUUUGGCACACAUAAUCAGUUGUGUAUAGAUCGGUACUUGUAUCCAGUGUCAGAUGAUAGAAUGGUCUUUUGUAUAUAACAGGAGAAUGCCUGUGUUUUUUCUUAAAAAAAAAUGUUUUUGUUUAUGAAGUUGGAAUGAAAAUUCACAAUGAUAGUAA